UCCAAGCCAACGGAGCCAAUUUUAAUACGAUCAUAAUACGAGUUCGCAAUUCGAUUGCCUGUGAUUCUUCAGGGAUGUAUUGCUCCAGCAGACUACCUUCCGCCAUUACAACUCCACUCCACAGUUCAAUGCUCUUAUGGCGGCGUUCCCACUCUAAUUUGUUCGUCGGAGGGCUUUCUUUUGAUACAAAUGAAGUUGUUCUCAAGGAUGCUUUCAAGGAACAUGGUGAAGUAAUUGAAGCUAAAGUAAUAUGUGAUCGGGCCAGCGGAAAAUCAAGAGGAUACGGAUUCGUGCAUUAUUCUUCCGAGGAGGCCGCAAGUGAAGCAAUGGAAAAAAUGGAUGGUCAGGCUUUGGAAGGUAGGACGAUUCGCGUACGCCGUGCCCAGAGGAAGGAAAAGCAACUCGAUCGGGUCUAGCAUUGUCUAUUGUAUCCUAAAGAACACAAAAGUUCGAUUUUGGUUAGUAUAUGUUCAAAAGAAUUCUAUUCGGCAAUCGGUUGCAGAAAAGGAAAUUUUGAUGUGAAGUAUUUCAAGACUCGACUAGCAACACAUUAGUGUGUUCUUUUGGUGUUA